AUGGUGAAUUGGGUGGAAGCACAGAAGCCCAUCUUGCACUGGCUGGUGCGGGGUGCGGGGCUGCGCCAGCAGACCAUCGAGAUCGAGCCCGGCACUGUCAUCAGCAUGUGGGUUCCCAAGGAGAAGGUCAUGGCCGCCAAGAAGAAGGCCACCAACAAAGAAGUAGUUCCUGACCUGAGUAGCGAUGGCAGCAGGGACGAGGAGGAAGACAAGAGGAAGAAGAAGAAGAAGCAGCGAGGCAAAGAGAAGGAGAAGCCGGCGGUGGUACUGGUGCACGGAUUCGCAGCGGAAGGGAUCGUCACGUGGCAGUUCCAGUUCGGGGUGCUGGUGAACCAGUACGAGGUGUACAUCCCCGACCUGUUCUUCUUCGGGGAGUCGACCACCGCCGCCGCCGACCGCUCCCCGGCCUUCCAGGCUGAGUGCCUGGCCGCGGCGCUCGACAAGCUCAGCGUGCGGCGGUGCACCGCCGUGGGGUUCAGCUACGGAGGGAUGGUGGCGUUCAAGAUGGCGGAGCUGCGACCGGACCUGGUGCGCUCGCUGGUCGUCUCCGGCUCCGUCUUCGCCAUGACGGACUCCAUCAGCAGGGCGACGCUGGACCAGCUCGGCUUCGCCUCCUCCUCGGAGCUCCUCUUGCCGGAGUCCAUCAAGGGCCUCAAGGCCCUGCUCUCCGUCUCCAUGCACAAGAAGCUAUGGUUCCCGGACUUCCUCUACAAGGACUACCUCGAGGUGAUGUUUAGCAAUCGGAAGGAGAGGGCAGAACUGCUCGAGGGUUUGGUGAUCAGCAACAAAGAUGCGAAGGUUCCCUCUUUGGAUCAGGUAUGUGUGCAGAGGAUACUCUUGUUGUGGGGAGAGAAUGACAACAUAUUCAACCUAGAGCUUGCCAAGGACAUGAAAGAACAACUGGGCGAGAAGACCAUACUACAAAGCAUAAAGAAAGCAGGGCAUCUUCUUCAUGUUGAGAGGCCCUGCGCUUACAAUCGCCACCUCAAGAAAUUCCUUGCACUCGUAAAAGAUGAAGGCACCGAGAAAUGAUCAAGUUCAAAUGUCCUUUAUUCAAUUAUAAGUUUGUGGACCAGCAUUACUAUUUAUUUCUAUCAUUGCAUUGAAUAAACCAUGUUCUUGUGCUUUCCAGUUAUAUUUCAUAGUUAGUUCCAUUGUUAUUCUGUUGA